UUUGUUCUUCUCUCCUUCAAGAUGGAAGAUCUCGCUGCAUUUUACCCGAUAAUGGCCUCAGAAUCCCCAUCCAUCCAAUGCUAAAAACAUCUGCAUCUUCUUAUUACUAUUGACUUCAGUCUAUCUUGGGCGAGAUAUGAUGGCUGCUACCUUACUUUCAUACAACACAAAUGCAAUCCAUGGCUUUGUCAAGGAAAACUCACCAUACCCAACUUUGAUUUCCGGCUUGAAACGAAGAAUAUUUGAUAAACCCAUCGAGAAAAAUUGUAAUGGGUGCCAAAAGAAGAAGCCUUUUAGUGGUUUUGUUGUGGUUGCUGCAACUGAAGGUUCGGCUAAGUCGAGCAAGUCAGAAGAAACUGUACCGUCUUGGGCCAAACCCGAUUCCGACGAGCCGCCGCCUUGGGCUCGGGAUGAGGGGAAAGAUAACGCUGCAGGGGAGAGCUUUGAGAUCCCCUUCUUUGUGUACUUGCUUGCCUCAGCCAUCACUGCAAUUGCUGCUAUUGGUUCAGUGUUUGAGUAUGUCAACCAGAGGCCUGUAUUUGGGGUUCUGAACUCAGACAGCAUUUUCUAUGCACCGUUGCUCGGGUUUUUUGCAUUUACUGGAAUUCCUACUUCUGCAUUUCUUUGGUUCAAAUCUGUUCAAGCUGCUAACAAGGAAGCUGAGGAACAAGAUAGAAGGGAUGGAUAUAUGUAAAGUCAAAUUUGUGAGUCUGAAAUACAUUUGAAACAAGUUGCCAUGUAAGAUUUUUUUUUUAACCUUCAAGGAGCUUGAUUUCCUCUGCUUAAUUAUUUUAAGGCAUUGAGUAUUCAUGUUGCUCACUCUUUUAGGAGUUAGUAUACUUUAUUUUUUUGAACAGAUUUGAAAUUAUUUACAUCUUAUUUGGGAGAAGAAAGAAGGGAUUCGGUGAGACUCGAAUAGUCAUUGGAGAUGAACAGUUAUAAUUUAGGAUUCAUAUCAUUGGAUGAGAGUAGGCUGUUCAAUUAGUAUAUUUUAUUUGAUUAAAGAAGUUAGUAUACUUGUUAUUGACAGCCCAUCUUUGUAUUUCUGCUUAUAACUGUGGAUUUACAGAUAAAUACCAACACGAAGGAUAGUUUAUUUUAAUAAAGUUGGUACAGUUUA